GUCUCCUCUUAAGAGGACAGAGAGAAAAUAUGUUUACUUUUCGAAAAUGGCACUCGACCCCCACUCUAACUCCCUGUGAACUGCACCCUACAGCGCGUUGAGAUACGUAAUGCGUCAACUCUGAAACGUAUGUGUGGAAAGCCGAGUAGGUAGCAACAUAUUUCAUAGAUUUUAUCUCUCGCGGGAAUAAUAGUCCUUUUUCUGAGGAAUGAAAUCGGUAGGCAUGGAUACCCUAUGAUGUGAAAUGAGGAGGGAAUUAAGCUGCUGGAACAAUUGCCAGGUAUGGGAGCAAGUGUAUAUUAGGCUUCGUUCUCAGGUACUGGACAUGACCGGAGCAGAUUUACUUCACAUUAUAAUCCGAUUUCUCUACGGCACAACUGAUCUUUCCAGACGUGUUGGCAGGUUUGCUGUCGGAUAUUUCUUCAGCAGUGUAAUGAUUGAAUUAUCUUAGAAUCCAAUUUUCUCAAUCGAUCGCUAUUCAUGUCUUUGGGCCGGUAGGGUGACCGAGACCGCGUCUUCCUUCGAUCUGUUAGCAGAAUCAUGUCGUACCAGCUUGCUACUCCACAUAAUAAUAUUAUGAAUAAUUGAUAGAUAUGUUUGUCAAGAACUCAGGAGCCUAUAUGCUUUUAUUCUAGUGUUGAAAAGAGGAGCCCUGUUGUUACACCAGAGUAAACAGUUUAAACGUUGUGAUCGAAAAUAUUGAUCUUCUCUCUUUCGUAUCGGAUAUCGUGAGUAGUCAGCAUGCUCGUAACACUGGGAUUUAUGCCCUAGGAAUAUAAUCGAUCAGGUAUGGACAUAGCCUUGAUCUUUAAGCUUUUAUUAUUCCAACUCUGUGAAUCAAUCAUUUAAUCCCAAACAUCCCACAAUAACGACAUUGAGCGUUAUUUAUCUCAAUAGCUGUAAUCCAGAUAAUCCAGACUGUGUAAGAGCAAUGAAUCAUAACUUAACCCCAAUACAAUAGAGUAAAAUAUUGCAACUAGGACUUUUAAUGACAUUGACAAGCAGAUCUGAAGAUGGGAAGAGAAUCGGACGAGGUUACUGGCGAAUAAUUGGAUCGUACAUAUAGGUUUGCAAGAACCGUUCUAUUGAGUUAAGGUGAACCAAAUCGGACAAAUUCAUGGUCGGUUCACCAAGGAUAGCAGUACGCAAAAACGGAUAAAGGGACAUCGAUUUUCUGCCCCGGUGCGAAAACACUGCUAGCACGCCGAACACCGUAGCACUCAACUCGGCGAUCUAUAUCUUUUAUUCCCGAUAUUUAUUCAUAGACCAGCUUUGGGAAGAACCACAUCUGACACAGACCCCUUUCAAACUCACUUUUGGGAUUGGCACUAGUACAAGGACAGUGUGCACAUGUUCUCUGCACCAAAACACAACUGAAACGUUGCAGGCCCUCGGAGCGGUUUACAGGGGCAGUCAAUAUAGCAAGACGCAGUACUACUGAGCGAACCUCUGUGGUAUUUUAUGUGGUAAUUACUGGAAAGUUCAUGUGCUUGUAAACCACAGAAACUAGUAAGGGUGGCAUGGUUGAGAAUGGAGAACAGCAAGGCUUUACAAUGGCCCACAUGUUCGACAAUUGUGCUAUUGGUGAAUUCCCGGGAAUGGCUUUUACAAUGUUAAGGCAGGCUAAUCUAACGUCGAAGCUUGGCGGAAUGUUCAACGCAGCAGUGAACAAAACUAAAUCAUUCACGAAUGGGGGUGAUAUUCAGUGGUGCUUUUCUCAGGUCAAAGGCACAGUAGAAGAAGAUGUUACUGAAGCUGACAUCAUCUCCUGUGUGGAAUUCAACCAUGAUGGAGAGCUCUUAGCCACGGGUGACAAGGGAGGACGUGUUGUCAUAUUCCAGCGUGAUGAGUUGGUGAGCACAUCUGAAGGGUGGUCAGCAGCUGACUAUUUAGGCAAAGCCAACCAGACUCAUCGUGGGGAAUACAAUGUGUAUAGCACUUUCCAGAGUCAUGAACCAGAGUUUGAUUACUUGAAGAGUUUAGAAAUUGAAGAAAAGAUCAACAAAAUAAGAUGGUUAAGGAGAGCCAAUCCAGCCAAUUUCUUGCUUUCAACAAAUGAUAAAACAAUCAAAUUAUGGAAGAUUUCAGAGAGAGACAAGCGACCAGAAGGUUUCAACACAAAGGAUGAGACUGGCAUGUUGCGAGACCCUACAUCUGUAAAAGCACUGCGGGUGCCAAUUCUCAAACCUAUGGAAUUGAUGGUUGAAGCUAGUCCACGUCGUGUGUUUGCUAAUGCACACACCUACCAUAUUAACUCCAUUUCUGUCAACAGUGACCAGGAAACUUAUAUGUCUGCAGAUGACCUUAGGAUUAAUCUGUGGCACCUUGAGAUUACCGACCAAAGUUUUAACAUUGUUGAUAUUAAACCAGCUAAUAUGGAAGAAUUGAAUGAAGUGAUAACUGCAGCAGAAUUCCACCCAAGCAUGUGUAACGUGUUUGUAUAUAGUAGUAGCAAGGGCAGUAUAAGGUUAUGUGACAUGAGGUCCAGGGCACUUUGUGAUCAACAUACAAAAUUAUUUGAAGAGCCAGAGGAUCCAACUAACCGAAGUUUCUUCUCAGAGAUUAUAUCCAGUAUAUCAGAUGUCAAAUUUAGUCAUAGUGGCAGAUACCUAAUAUCUCGUGAUUAUUUAUCUGUCAAAGUUUGGGAUCUGAAUAUGGACUCUAAGCCAAUAGAAACAUACCCUGUACAUGAAUUUCUUCGUAGUAAGCUGUGCUCACUGUAUGAAAAUGACUGCAUCUUUGACAAGUUUGAGUGUGCUUGGAGUGGUGAUGACAGGCACAUCAUGACUGGGUCCUACAACAAUUUCUUCCGCAUGUUUGAUAGGGAGAGUAAGAGGGAUGUAACUUUGGAAGCAUCUCGAGAAAAUAUGAAACCAAGGACAGUAUUAAAACCUAGGAAAGUUUGCUCAGGUGGAAAAAGAAAGAAAGAUGAAAUAAGUGUGGACUCUUUAGACUUUAGUAAGAAAAUCUUGCAUGCUGGCUGGCAUCCAUCAGAAAAUGUAAUAGCAGUAGCAGCUACAAACAAUUUGUAUAUUUUCCAAAGCAAAGACUAGUGACUUUGAAACUUAGGAUUUUUUCUUACAAAUGAUAGUUGCUUUUCUGCAAAGAUGUGACUUGCCUUACUACACUGAGGAGCAGUGAUUAUGUUGCUCCCCAGACUGCAGCCCUCUGCCUAGAUGGUGGAUUUUGGGAUCGCACCAAGCAUCCAAAUUCCGAGAAGGAGAGUUGGAUCUGAACCCUCUAGAAGAGAACGGGUGUUUGAACCGCUUAAUGUGACGGCAUGAUAUGUUAUAUAUGUAAAGUGCUCUGGGAGCAGCUGUUUAAGUAUUCCAAUGUGAUGACAAUUUUUGGUCACAAUUGAUUGAAACUUGGGAGUAUUCAAAGGGGGAGGGUGCCUUAUGCAGAGACGAGAAGGGACUUAAGAUUUUAGAGCAUUCAUAUAACUACAAGUGCAGUUGGUCUGGUGAAGAGUCCAGUGUUUCAUUUGAACCCUACAAAACCUUACGUAUGUGUGCUAUAACACUUUUGGCAGAUGUAGCAUAAACAUUGAAAUUAUACCUUCAUUGAGUGAAUACUUUUUACACAAAGUAGUAUAAAUAACGUUUACAUGUAUGCAUCUGUAGUAAUGCAUUCAAAACUGUCUUGAAAAGUAAAUGAUAGCAUUUACGAUUUUGAAUUGUGCCCAGGUGGAAUUUUGAUACUGAAAGCUGUAACACUUAUGUAGGCAACUACCUCAGCAGUUAUUGGGGAGCAAAGAAGAACCUUGCAGCCUUAACUGUUACAAUGUAGAUGUUUUUUGGAUUUCUGUGCAUUCUGUAAAUGCAUGUAAAAUAUCGCAAAUUGUGCUCCAGUAGCAGAGUUUAUUAUGUGCAAUUUUUGUGCAAGAUCAAAACAUUGCUUCUUAAAAAGGAGACUUGAGGCAAGAAUUAAAUGGAGGGGCUUUCUUAAGUUUUUGUUCAUGUAGAACGUUUCACAGAAAUUUCCUAAUAAGUGUUCAGCAAAGUACACAAAGAUGUAGGUGUGAUGCACAUAGUAUGGAGAGAAGUGCCUGGUUUUGAAAGAGCAUAUACCAUUGGCUGGAAAGAGGAUCUUUGAAAUUAAAUGGGUACUUGUUACGUCAUGCUUUCUCUGCAGUAUGUGGAAGUCGACAAUCUAGAUGAUAAAAAUUUUCAGUUCAGAAAAGGUUUAUAGGUUCAUGGAACCGUGCUUGUUAUAUGUAGAAAUCAGAAUGGAAACUCUGGUCAUGUUAUUUUUUCAAGUUUUGUUACCUAUUGCACAAUUGUCUUUUCUAAUGGCGACCAAGGCAUUCUACUUCACAUCUACAAGAUUUCUACUAUAUGGUGGCCAAAAACAAAUUAUUGAAUAAACAUAUACAUAAAAAAGAA